CUCCCUAUCUCAGUGAAAACUGAGAUAGGAAGAAAAAGCAACGGGAGGAAAGACCAUGGAGGGAGAGUGGAUGUGUUAGUUACUUUGAGAAACUUUCUCCUUCUUGAGUUUUCUGCGCAAGUCAAAGCACCUCAAUGUGGCAACUUCUGGUGUGUAUUUAUGUUCUGGGAAAACGCCGUAAACCUUAACAUUCAAACAUACACGGACAAUCUGGCCGCGCACUGUUAGCACAACCCGACCAAAGUUAGCCUGCUCCGGCUAACUUAGCCUGUCUCAGCUAACUUAGCCCGUCUCAGCUAGCAGGAGAGGACACAAAAGGCGAGUGGAAACAGUGAGGUGAAAGUGGCGCCGCGGCGUCAGGGAUCUAGUAAUGCUGCGGCUCGGGAUUAAUUUCAGAUACGGAUGAGAAACAAACCGAGAACUACUGCGAGCCAGACGACCACUGCUAUGCUGGGCUGGAUUCACGGCUCUGGCAGCCCGCCGGAGUCCCGAGGGUGGCCACACUCGGUGCUGUGGAGGCUCGGGGGCUUCUUCUUCCUCCUGCUGCUGGAGGGGGCCGGCUGCCUGGCCAGCCCGAGCGCUUCCUCCGGCGUCAACAACAACAACAACAACAGCCCGAGUGUUAACAUUUACAUGAGUGUUGAGGAGGUGAAGAAGCUUUUGGGCCUGGAUGCAGAGCUGUACUAUGUGCGAGAUGACGUGGUGAAUCAUUAUGCACUCUCCUUCACCCUGCCUGUGCCCAGUGAGACGAACAGCCUGCACUUCUCAUGGCAUUCCAAGACAAAUGUCGACUACCGGCUUGGCUUCCAUAUGGACAACGAUGCGGCCAUGGAUCCCCCACGCAGCAACAUCUCUCUUCAGGGGGAGGUGCCCCACGUUCCCUCUGUCUUUAGAGUGGACCUCUUCUGUUCAGGCAAGGUGGAUGGAGAGGCCGUGCUAACGGUGCAGCUCAAUCUGACCACACAUGCCAACAACUACACAGUGCUCAACUUCAAGAGGAGGAAAAUGUGCUAUAAGAGAAUAGAUUCCGACCCAAAGAUUCCUCUCAGCAAUAAAACUCAUCCACAGACUGAGUUAGAUGGUGAGACCGCCCCCACCACCUCCACCCAGGUGUUCUACAUCAGUGUGAGCGUCUGCUGCAUUGUGAUCUUCCUGGUGGCCAUCAUCCUGGCCAUCCUGCACCUACACAGCAUGAAGAGGGUGGAGAUGGAGGACAGUGUGAGUGACAGUGGGAGCUCGCAGGGUCUGUCUCAGCCGUCCACACAGACAACCCAGUACCUGAGGGCGGACACCCCCAACAACGCAGCACCAGUCACCAACAAUCACCCUGGUUCUGCACCCAUUCUCCAGCUUGCUGCCUCCUCCUUCCAAAACCCCGGUGCACCCCCUCAUGAAACCAAAAGUUACCCAUCGCUCCGCAUCGAGAAGAAUGACCUGAGGAGUGUUACUCUAAUGGAGGCCAAAGCUAAAGUGAAAGACAUCGCCAUCUCAAGGGAGAGAGUCACGUUACGAGACGUGUUGCACGAAGGCACGUUUGGCCGCAUAUUCCACGGCGUGCUGCUGGAUGAAAAGGACUCCAGUAAAGAGAAGGAGGUCUUUGUAAAGACAGUGAAAGAUCACGCCUCUGAAGUGCAGGUGACCAUGAUGUUGACUGAAAGUUGCAAGCUCCGUGGACUUCAUCAUCGAAACCUGCUGCCGAUAAGCCAGGUGUGCACGGAGGACGGAGAGAAGCCCAUGGUGCUGCUGCCCUUCAUGGCCUGGGGGAAUCUCAAGCUGUUCCUGCGCCAAUGCAAGCUAGCUGAGGCUAACAACCCACAGGCGAUCUCUCAACAGGACCUGGUUUACAUGGCCAUCCAGAUUGCAUGUGGGAUGAGUUACCUCUCCCGCAGGGAGGUCAUCCACAAAGACCUCGCUGCCAGGAACUGUGUCAUUGACGACAACAUGCAGGUGAAGAUAACAGACAAUGCUCUCGCCCGAGACCUAUUUCCCAUGGAUUACCACUGUCUCGGGGACAAUGAGAACCGGCCGGUGCGCUGGAUGGCCCUGGAGAGCCUGCUCAACAACGACUUCUCCAGCGCCAGUGAUGUUUGGGCCUUUGGAGUGACUUUGUGGGAGCUGAUGACUCUGGGUCAGACCCCGUACGUGGACAUCGACCCCUUCGAGAUGUCCGCCUACCUUAAGGACGGCUACAGAAUAGCACAGCCCAUCAACUGUCCAGAUGAACUGUUCGCAGUGAUGGCCUGCUGCUGGGCCCUGGAUCCAGAGGAGAGGCCUAAGUUCCAGCAGCUGGUUCAGUGUCUCACAGAGUUCCAUGCAGCAUUGGGCGCUUACGUGUAAAACACUCUUCCUUUUUUUGUUUACCAAGAACAGGAGCACUAUUCAUAAGGAAUACAUGGAAUAUAAAAUGUGCCUUAUAAGAUGUUUUCUUGGCCAUGUCUCCUUGAAAUUGUCAGAUGUUGUGUGCUUUGUAACGUCUAGAAGUGAUGGCUACAUGGUGCUCUUUACCUGCAUUCCCGGACAUUUACGUGCCAUCGGACCGAUUACUUUUAUAGAACAAUUUACGCCUCGAACAACCUGGUUUUAAAGACAGUAUUUUCUACAGUUUUGUAUUUUAGUGAGAAAGUGUAGCUGUGUUGUGUAUACACUUAAAGCUCUGUAUGCUUUGGAGAGCUUUGGUACGAGGAGCCUCUCUGAGGACAGGAUUUCUUCUUGAAGGUACACUUCCUCCGGAUCACACUAAAGACUUUUUCCUCGUGGAUGAGAUGGAUGGACGCUACAGCUUUUUCUAAAUCAGCAUUGCAAAGCUACAUAUAUGACCUUGAUUUUCUUUUAUAAAUCUAAGUGAAUUUUGAACAUUUUUAUUCUUUUGUCACCACCUUCUUCCUCUUUUGUACAUUUUCUUUCUAUCUGGACCUCCAAACUGAAUCAUCACAACUUGUCUAUUUUAUAAGCUUGACUGUUCUGCGUCAGAACAAAACCCUUCACAGGAUUCUUUUGACUGAUUUUAUUUUCUAAUAAUCACUGUGAACACAAACUGCCACCAGCUCGGCCUGAUCCUAUUCUUCCACCUUUAACAUCUUUGUGAUGUGUCUCUAUGGUCACUGCAUGUUGGAUUAAGGUUUUAAAGUGCUUCCCGAUUUCAUAUCCACAAAAUAAAUGGGAUUUUAAAAUAUAAAA